CCGCGUUCAUGGUCCACGUCAGUGUCCAAUAAGGAGCGAGCACGCAGCCGGUAUUCAACGAACGUGAAUUGAAAAUCCUCUUUGAGAAACACUCGCUAAGAACACAAAACAUCAUAGCUUUGCAUUUUAAACAUGAAACGAUUAACGAUUACACUGCUAGUUCUUUCACUCGCAGUUGCUUUCUGCUUAGCCAUCGAUAAAAAAGCAGAGAAAGAUGAAGAUGGAAAGGUUGAAGUUGCACCUGAUAGCAAGGAAACAAAAAAAGGAACAAAUCAACAAGAAACCGAUGAAGAAGCUGCCUUAGARGAAGAACAAGACGACGAYGCUGAAGARGAAGAYGAAGAGGAAGACCCYAACGCUAAAAUAGGAGUAGAAGAGUUAUACGUCCCCAAGGGCUGCAAGAAUAAAACAAAGACAGGAGACCAAGUMGUKGUUCAUUACACGGGAUGGUUAGACGAUGGCUCGCUUUUUGAUACAACCAUUGACCACAGAAAGCACUAUCAACCAUUUGAGUUUAUUUUAGGAAGUGGWACAGUGAUCAAAGGCUUUGAAAGAGCUUUYGUAGGCAUGUGUAAAGAACAAAGACGAAGAGUUACCAUUCCACCAGCUUUYGCAUAUGGUAAAAAAGGAACAACUGAUAUUCCAGGAAAUACAACARUGACUUACGACUUGGAGCUCCUCGACUACCGUAAACCCGCACCACAUCAUGACAUGUUCAGUUACAUGGACAAAAAUGGCGAUAACAAGCUAACACGAUCAGAAAUCUCUAACUACAUGCGAGUCCAGGCCGAYGCAAGAUUCGCCCCAGUCCACGACGAACAAUGGCAGAAACAACACGAGAAAAUGGUCGACAAUGUAUUUGCUCAAGAAGAUACAGACGGUGAUGGAGUUAUCUCACAUGAGGAAUUCAGUGGACCUAAAGUACCAAGACAAGCCAGCCAUGAUGAAUUUUAGAUUUUAUCCUUACAGCCGCCAUCUUGAAUUCUUUCAUCAAAGAGAAAAAUCUAAGCAAUGGAAAAUUAGCGGAAGAAAACGUUUUAUUUUUAUCUUGUAAAAAUGUUUAUCAUUAUUGCAUCAAAACUGCCAAAUGAAUGUAUAGUAUUAUUUGUUAUCAUUUGUUUUUCACAUUUGACUAUGGAUCACAUAAAAUCUUUAAAAAAAAUAUCAUCAAAAACACUUACGGUAUAUAUAGAUCUCUAAACAGCAUCCCAUAAUUGCUCUCCGAAAACAAUGAAAAUCAAGAUGGCGGGUGUAUUGGAAAAACUGCACAAGCGAAACGACGAAAGAAGAACAUUUCUUAACUUAAAUACAACUUAUUAAUGUCCGAGAUGAAUUACAGUUCGUGUGUUUAUAUGAUUUAGUUUUUCAAGUGAAUCGUCGCACAUUUUAUUCUKUUUYCAYGUUUAAAAUUCAUUGUACUGUUCUGUGUAAAGAGKAAAAAAAAGUGAAAAGCCAGCUACAGUAGAGUUUUUAAGCCAGGUUGCUGUUAUCGGAUGAACGAUUUUGUGAAUGAUUACUAAAUCUAUCUUUUUUAAAAGAGAAAAAAUAAUAAUAAAUUAACUUUAAUAUCAA